GUGAAAGGUUUCCCCAUAAAAGCAAGCGCUCAUCCAUACGGUGAAAACCCUGACAGCUACUCCGUUAACGAAUCAAUAGAUCUACAGGUUUAUCUACAAAAUGGCGAAUGGGAUCUGAUGAGUACUCCUGGAGUCCGUGUGGUAACUGAGUUCGGUGACGCAUCGUAUCAUGAGCUCUAUUAUUACAUCCGUAUUCGUAGAAGAACUCUCGCGUACGGCAUCAAUCUAAUUAUUCCAUCGUUGGUUAUAUCAAUGAUGACGGUGCUAGGAUUCACUCUACCGCCAGAUGCAUGCGAAAAGAUUACUUUAGAGACCACUGUACUGUUGUCGGUGAUCUUUUUUCUUCAAAUGGUCUCCAAUAUGAGUCCACCACAAUCGAAAUCGGUUCCUAUUCUCGCUUCCUUCUUUUCGUGUUGCUUAAUGGUGGUGGCUUGUUCAUGUGUAUUCACUGUCCUAACUAUAUGCUUACACCAAAGGAAAGCUGAGACACAUGAAAUGAGUCCACUUAUGCACCGCAUCUUCGUGGUGUGGCUACCGUAUAUCCUAAUGAUGCGAACUCCAGAUCAUCCGCGAGCUCCAAAACCAAAGGUGAUCGAUAAGUCGAUUCUACCAGUUCAUCGCCUUAGCAUAUUUCCAGUAAUUAAUUUGCCUAAACUGCCGUCUACCAACACCUGCAUCCGAAAAUGCUCCACGAGGAAAUAUGAGAAACGACCGCCAUAUCUGAAAUACCUUGUUCAAUUCUGUGAUGAACUGAAGGAAAUCAACGUCGAUCUUGAAAAGAUGUCAUCAGUAAUCAAAGACGUGUAUACUAGUGAGAUGAUCCGAUCGGAGUGGAGAUUUGCUGCGAUGGCAGUUGAUCGUCUUUGCCUGUAUUUGUUCUCAGUUUUCAUUGCCGUCUCGACUUUUGGUAUUAUCAUGCCGCACAUUCUUGUGUAA